CCCAGAUCUCUAUUUCUACACAUUUUUAUACUAUUCUUUUUAAUAACAAUUUAUGUUCUGCCAUGAGAAUAUGUGGCAUCUCUAGUGUGAUAGAGGGAAAAUUACAGCUUUCCCUGGUUCCAGAUGAAGUUAUUCGCAAGCGACUUUUGAUUGAUGGAGAUGGUGCAGGGGAUGACAGACGAAUUAAUUUGCUGGUGAAGAGUUUCAUCAAGUGGUGCAAUUCUGGAUCUCAAGAAGAAGGCUAUACUCAGUAUCAGCGCAUGCUGAGCACUCUUUCACAAUGUGAAUUUUCAAUGGGAAAAACUUUACUUGUAUACGACAUGAAUCUCAGAGAAAUGGAAAACUAUGAAAAAAUCUACAAAGAUAUAGAAAAUAGCAUAGCUGCAGCUCAUGAAAAAAUUGCUGAGUGCAAGAAGCAAAUUCUUCAAGCGAAAAGAAUACGAAAAAAUCGCCAAGAAUAUGAUGCCUUGGCUAAAGUAAUACAGCAUCAUCCAGAUAGACAUGAAACAUUGAAGCAAUUGGAAGCUCUGGGGAAAGAACUCCAGCAUCUUUCUCAUAUCAAGGAAAAUGUUGAAGACAAACUGGAGUUGAGACGAAAGCAAUUUCACGUUCUUCUGAGCACCAUCCAUGAGCUUCAGCAAACAUUGGAAAAUGAUGAGAAGCUUUCAGAAGCUGAAGAAUCAUCAGAUACUCCAAUGGAAGCAGAAGAUAAACAAUAGAUGUAUAUAACUCAGAAGCCUGGUAAUUCAUUUUUGUGAAGCUGAUUAAUAACUAGGGUUUUGAAUUAAUUUUGUAUAUUAUUUUUUGUCUAAAGUAACUAAAUUAUGUUUGAGUGAAUUUUCAUGUUUUCUGUACAAUAAAUAGUUGAAAUUACAUAACAAAGUAAUUUAGUUUUGGAUUAAUGUUCUGGAAUUAAGCUACCAAUUAUAUGGUAAGAUAUUACAUUAAAAAAAAGUCAGAGAUAAUUUAAAAUUCUAACAAUGGACAAGUGAAUACUCUUGUAUUCUGAACCCAGAACUUGCUACACUGAAAAUGUGACUUGUAUAAUAACAUGAGUUCUUAAAUUACAUUUAUUGUCUCAGUUUAUUAGCAAUAACAUCUACUUGGAAAACACGUUUUUUCAAAAGGGAUUAUUUUUGUAGUCCUUAAGAGAUCGUCUGGAACACCUUAGAGGAGUAGAAUAUUCUGAUUUCCAAAAAUUUAUGUUAUUGCAAUUCUGCACUUCUCAGAGCCAUUGACUACACUGAUUUUUCAGUGAUACUAUCCAGGAGGUUAACUACUUUUACACAUAUGAAAAAUGCAGAGUAUAAUAAAAUAAAAUUAAUUAUGAGAAUA